GUGUGUAAUGAUUGAUUACAUGACGAAAUGGGUUGAAGUGUACCCCAUUCAGGCCAAAAAGGCUGAGCUGGUGGCAGAGUGCAUCAUGGAUUUCUUUUACCGCCAUGGUGCACCCAAAUGGAUCCUCAAAGACGGGGGGGAAAGAGUUUGUGAAUAAAAUAAGCCACGACAAAGUGGAGGCAGUAGCAGCUGAAGAGAAACCAUGUCCUCACAUUUCAGCUGUUCAAAAGGGAGGUGUAUCCCAAGGUGAGGGAAAACACGAAGGCUGCCCAAGAAAGGGUGAGAAAGAGGAAAUGGUCUCUGGGCAUGGAUGACCAUUUUGAGGUUGGGGACAAAGUCCUCCGCAAAAACAUCAGAGAAGAGCAGCGGAAGGGAGGGAAGAUGGAGAGGGAGCUCCUGGGGCCGUACACCAUCGCAAGCAUUGAGGGCAAAAGUGUUGACCUGCUGGUCGCCAAUGGGAAGGCAAUAAAAAGGAUCAAUCUGGACCAUCUGAAAAUGUUUGUUGAGCCCCAGCCACAGAUCCCCCACAAGUGGGUCCUCAGCCUGACCCCAUCCGCCAGUCCUCAGUCCCUCCCGUCUGCCGGUCCUCAGCCUGACCCCAUCCCUCCACCCACUAGUCCUCAGUCCCUCUUGUCUGCCAGUCCUCAGCCUAACCCCAUCCCCAUGACCCCUCCAUCUGCCGUUCCUCAGUUCCUCUCAGCCCUCAGUGUCUCCCCAGAGGAAUGUAAGUAUUAGUUGUAUUCUAAUUUGUGUUAACUCUCCAUGCCAAAUGCAUAACCCCUUCUAAAUGUCAGUGAUAGACGAGAUCUGGUCCGGGAAACGGCAAGGUGUGGAGCAAGGUGGGGCCUUAUAAGAUAU